CCCCAGCCGCCGUCACGUGACCCUCGCGCCGAGACGAGCCCGCCGCUUCCCUGGGUUGGGGGGGACGGAGCCGGGGGGUCCGCGCGCCGCUCCGGGGGCGGGACCUCCCCACAGGACAAGAAAUUAGUUUAGAUGCAGUAAAUGGGAAGAAAUGGAGGAAAGGAAAAUCAAGAGGAGGAGCCCCAAAUCAUCUACCAGUCACCCUGCUCAGGUUGCUAAUUCCAAGAAGAACUCUGUGCCGGUCAGUAAAAGUACAGCCUUUUCAAAUCCUGCACCACAGCCUGCAGUACAAAAAACAAAGUUAAAACGUGUAAUAAAAGAGAAAGCCAAACCUCCAGGAGGUGAAGCAAAAGGGGCACAGGCAGCACCGAUCCAGCAUUCUUUUCUCACAGAUGUAUCUGACGUGCAGGAGAUGGAAAGGGGUCUUCUGAGUCUCCUGAAUGACUUCCACUCUGGCAAACUUCAAGCAUUUGGAAAUGAAUGUUCCAUAGAGCAGAUGGAGCAUGUGCGGAGUAUGCAGGAGAAACUUGCUCGCCUCAAUCUGGAGCUCUAUGGGGAGCUGGAAGAACUCCCUGAAGAUAAAAGGAAACUAGCCAGUGACUCCAACCUGGACAGGCUGCUGUCAGACCUAGAAGAACUGAAUUCAUCUAUCCAAAAACUACAUUUAGCAGAUGCUCAAGAUAUUCCAAACAGUGCCACAGGCUGAAAUAACAGCUUUGUCAAUUAGGAUUCUCCCAGAAGCUUUUCUUUCAUUUUUCCUGACACUGGAAUCUGGAACAAUGGUGGUUUGGUGGGUUGUGUUUAGUGGUUGGUUUGUGUUCUUUGUUUUUUUUUUUUUUUUUUUUUUUUGUUUGUUUGUUUUUUUCACUUCACACAAUGAAGACUCAAAGUGCAAAUCCAAGUGUUUAUUUUUGCACAUUCCUCUGAGCACUGCAUUAUGUCAGGACUCAGUAUCUAGAGUUUUAAGGUUACUGUGAUGCUAUGCUUUUUAUUAUUGCCUUAAUAGAAAAAUUGCAGAAACUUGCAAGUUUCUGCACUUCUGCUCAGUGUUGUUCAUAUGUUUGAAAAUUAUAUAUGUAUAUAAGUUCAUUAGCAUUCCUCCAGUUUUUAUGAAGGUAGCAAUGAUGUUGCCUUUCUGAUCAGUAUGUAGACAAUCUGCACAAUAUAUCCGUAGUGUUUUGUGGAUCAUGUGUGUGUGAUGCCACAGACUAAUUUAUUGUUAAUAACGUAAAACAUUUGAAAUAUAUGACAUUUGAUUUAGACAAGCUGCUAUCUGUUCAGCUGUGUUAAGAAGAUAUGAGUUCUUGCAUGGUCUGAAUGUUUGCAGAGUUUACUCUUUUGUUACCAUGAAUAAUUAUGUCACUAAAUUAGAACUAGCAAGCAUGCUAUCAGUUCCACGUAAGUAGUGUGAAAUUCUAAAUUUGGGUAAACAGUUGUUCAAUAAAUCCAGUAUAUGCA